UAGGGGAGAGACGGGCACGCAGCUCAAGCCAAUAACUCAGUGAGGCCAGGCAGAGGGAGGCGGUGGCUAGCCGAGCCGUGCCCCCCGGGGCUGGGCUGCGCUCGUGGGUGACUCCGCGCCUGCGGCGCUCGGCAGGGUAUAUAAGGCGGGCGUCAGCGAGCGCCGGGCCUGCAGCACGCGGCGGGCCGCUGGCGCGAGGGCCGGGGGGCUGAGCAGCACGCGCGCCGGGUGUGACCGUCUAGCGGGCGGGUGCCAGGGCGGGUCCGGGCCGCGCGCCGGGAUGGGGCUGACGCUGAGGCUGCGGGCGCUGUGCGCGGGGCUGCUGUUAGCCGGGCUGCCGGCGGAGCUGGGCGCGCAGAGCGCCCGGGAUGCGGCAGCCGCGGCGCCCCGGGGCGGCGAGUACGGGGUGAAGCUGUGCGGCCGGGAGUUCAUCCGCGCCGUGAUCUUCACCUGCGGCGGGUCCCGCUGGAAGAGAUUGGCCCUGCAGGCGGGGGAGCCGCUGCCUGGCGCUGAUUCUGCUCAAGCCACUAGUAACAAAGAACUAGAGAACUUGAAAUUACAGUCAGUCUUAGCUCCUGGAUUGGAGCAGCUGCAGAGAGCCAGCAUACCACUUGGACAGCUGACAUUGAAGGAUUUGUUUAGUUUGUUUGAUUAUAAUGAGUAUGUACCCAUGUCAGAUGACUUCAGUGAAUAUGUUCGCCAGGUUGAGGAUGCUGCCUGGAAGAACAGAGGUGGAGCAGGGAUUGCCAAUCCCAUGGUGUCAAAUAGCUCUCCUUGGGCCAAAUAUCCCAGAAGAAAACGAGACUUGUCAAUGGGGGUGGCAGGAGUGUGCUGCAAAUGGGGAUGUACCAAAGCUGAUAUCAGUACACUAUGCUGAGAUUAAAAUUGUGUUUCUGUAUUUAUUUUAGACAUAUGAACUCAAUGUUAGUUACAGUGAUGCUUGAUCAAGUACUGCAUGUAAGGAGGGAAACAGUCUCAACAACAUGGCAAUUUUGUCUGCAA